UCCUGUUGAGCAGCAGCACCGCUGCUGCUGCUGCAAUUGUUGGUAUCAAUAUUAAAUUGGUACUGUCCGUGUCUGCCAGUGCGUCGUUCGCUGGCUAGUGAUUAUCGUUGUACAUAUAUACACAAGUACCAAAUUUGCCAUAAUCGAAUAACAAGCCGAAUUUCAGUCCCCGGGAAGGGCAGCUAGAAGGGCAGUCCCCGGGUCUCGCGCGGUGUAUCGAUAAAAAGUGUAGGUAGGUACAAGCACAUAAGUAUAUAGGUGUACUUAUAAGUUUAUACACGCAAGUCGGGAUUGUCGGGAAUGCCAGUGUCGUGAGUCGUCGUGAGUGUCAUUGCUGCUGACGUGGGAGUUUUUGUUCCUGCAACAGCUCGGGUCUUUCGACGUCCCGGAGGAACAGGCUAUCGGAUCGCAAGGGACAAACGCCAACAACAACAACAAUAACAAAAGGAAAUCAACGAGAAAGACGACAGCAGGUGCGAGGUAGCCGAGCCAUAUACAUUAACGAGGCACGGUGGUCGCGUCGCUAGUGGUGUUUCGCUACCAGGAGGAGGCUAUCGUGCGGGGCCCGGGGAUCUUGCCCGGAUGUGGUGAUGUGGUCGAGUCCCGCGGAGGGGGACCCGGGUCCUCGCGGCAAAUCGUGAGGAGAGGCCCUAGGCAGGCUGGCCCGAGGUCCAGAGCUUCUCUCCGAAGACGAGGAGGAGGCCAGGGAAUGGUGCAGUGAGCCGCCGCUCUUCUUCGACUCCGAGGAAGAGGAGCAGCAGUCGUCACGGCGCCCGAUGUCGCGGCAGCACCAACGCGACGAGCAACAGUACCUCGUCGAGCACCCGCGCGAGGCCUUGCUCCGGGGUGAGAGCCGCGACCACCACCACCACCACUACAACCGGGACCUCGAGCUGGUAGGCAGCGGCCGGGAUUACCGGGACCUCGAGCCACCGCCGCCCCGCCGACCGGCCGCUCACCACCGCCACCGGCCCCUACCGAGGGACCCCGAGUACGACUACGACUACGAGCCACCCCGUCCCGCUGCCCGACGCUCCAGUCCCACCUCGGGACACCAGAGCGCCGUCUCGGCCGCCGCCGCCGCUGCCUCGUCCUCCAUCACCAACAACCAGGGCUCGGCCGACUCGAACUAUUCACAGCCGAGCUCGGAUCUCUCGCUGGACGAAGAGAAGGAGAGCUUGCGCCGCGAGAAGGAGAAGCAGGCCCUCAAUCAGCUCGACAAGGCCAGGACGAAGCCGGUGGCGUUUGCGGUGCGAACGAAUGUCAGCUACGACGGAUCCAUCGACGACGACUCGCCGGUCCACGGGUCAGCCAUCAGCUUCGAAGUCAGGGACUUUCUCCACAUCAAGGAAAAGUACGACAACAACUGGUGGAUCGGGAGGCUGGUGAAGGAGGGAUGCGAGGUCGGCUUCAUCCCGUCGCCGAUAAAGCUGGAGGCCCUGAGGGCCCAGGCGAGCGCCGCACGCGGUACCAAGGGCCUCUAUUCGAGCGCACGCGGAGGGUCUUCGGGGAACCUUGGUGAGAGCGGUAUGCCCUCACGAGGUUCCACACCGCCCACACCAGGCGAUGACAACGACAGCGUGGGCAACAUCCGCACGGGCAGAACGACGCUCACGACUCCUCCAGCCAAGGAGAAGCGGAAGAACUUUUUCAAGAAGCCGGAGACGGCGACACCCUACGACGUGGUCCCUUCGAUGAGGCCCGUCGUGUUAGUGGGACCAUCCUUAAAAGGUUACGAAGUUACUGACAUGAUGCAGAAGGCGCUUUUUGAUUUUUUGAAACAUAGAUUCGAGGGCAGAAUCAUAAUAACGAGGGUGAUGGCGGAUAUAUCCCUGGCCAAGAGGUCACUGCUGAACAAUCCAACCAGACGGGCAAUUAUGGAGCGCUCGACGAGUAGGAGUAGCUGCUUGGCCGAGGUGCAGGCCGAGAUCGAGAGGAUCUUCGAGCUCGCCAGGACGCUUCAGCUGGUCGUUCUGGACUGCGACACGAUAAACCACCCGUCGCAGUUGGCCAAGACGAGCCUGGCCCCGAUAAUCGUGUACCUGAAGAUCUCCUCGCCCAAAGUUCUGCACAGGCUGAUAAAGUCACGGGGUAAGUCCCAGGCCCGUCACUUGAACGUCCAAAUGGUCGCGGCGGAGAAACUGUCGCAGUGCCCGUCGGAGAUGUUCGACGUCGUGUUGGACGAGAACCAACUCGACGAGGCUUGCGAACACGUGAACGAGUACCUCGAGGCUUACUGGCGGGCCACCCAUCCACCGACCAGUCCCGCGGUCCCCCGGCCCAUGCCAUCCGCCCCCGACGCACCUGUUGGCGAUGGAAUGCCACCGCGCGUCACCUCAGCCAACCGCGACCGGGAGAUUUACUACGGCAACGAGCCUAGAGGAGGCGGAGGCGGCGGCCCUUACGGACACCACGGGGGCUCGAGGCGCUCGCGCCUGGAGCGCUCCGACCGUGCCGAGCACUACGCCGAGCGGGACGAGGAGGACGCUUACCCAGCCAGCGCCGGGAGCGGGGAUUACGGGAGCGCGCGACGUCGCCAGCAGCAACAACAGCAGCAGCAGGACUCGCGGACUCUCGCCGCUAUCUAGGAGCUGGGGCCCCGGGGCCUGUCGCUACUGCGCUGUCCCCACCUGCGCACCACCGCCCUCUAGCACACACAGCGUAUUAUAAUCAUUAUAAUUAUCGAAUAUGGUACUUACAUGUACUCAUGUUGUACACUCGCCCCGUCACACUGACACACCGAGAGAAAGAGACGUUGGAUCCAUCCUCAUUCUGAUUUUUGUCACCCGAUGUACUUACUACACCCCCUUUCGUCCCCUUUCCACGAUCACGAAUAAGCUCGCGCGAGUGACUCAGUGCCAACCCACCCCCCUCCCACCCCCUCCCGACCUUAUUAUAAAUAUCUUUCGUAUUUGCAAAGUUGUCUCUCUCAUUCAGUCUGCUAUACAUUUCUUUUUUUUUUUUUUUUUUUUCAUUUGCGGCACGAGUGUAUAAAAUCAUCCCGUUGAGUUACAUCAUCAGCCGAAAAAUGAAAACGACAGCAGCAUAGCACAAUGGUUUUUUUUUUCCCCUACAAUCACACACACACGUGAGCGGAUUAAUCGGAUUGAAAAGGAACAAACUAGUUAUUUAAAAUACACGCAAGAAUACAGUCGAUUUGGAAAGAAAAAACUAUACACGCAUAUAUGUACACGCAAGCCCCGGGGCUUUUAUAUUUUUGAACUGUGUCCUCGCGGGCCCCAUGAAGCGUAAAUAAUAUUUCCUCCGUAGCAACCUAGUUUCAAGUGAUUAUCGGCCAAAACGGCGAACAUAAACUUACAACUUUGAAAAAAACGAGAGAGAGAAAAUUCACCCUUUGAUUAUUGAUGAUGAUUGUGGGGCGUCGGACGAGAUGAUACAAUGCUGUAAGCCACUUUGGUGUCCAAAGGAGGUGCAAACUGUCAGAAAUGUGAACAGAAAACGAGGGUAACUGUGCGCAAGUAACGGGACUAUGGAAUAACGAACGAAAUUAUAAAUAUUAAGAUUUUCUCGUAAUUUUAGUCCUAUACUCUUUCGAGAAAAGUCAAACAAACAAAGAAACAAAAAAUCGCGAUUACGAUAAAAUAAUGAGCCAAAGUGUAUACACGAGUCUGCUACGUUUAUAAAUUUUAAUAUAAAAAAAUAAUUAUAGUCUACAGAAUACCAAUGUCACAAUUCACUUUCGUGUAUAUAGUAUAUAAUAAUAAUAAUAUAAAUGCAUAUACGUACAUGUGAGAAUGUGAGAAGAUCCAGUUAUAUAUAACAUAGACUAUCCAUUUAAAUAUAAUUAUAUACGUAUACAUACAUGACAUAAAAAUACAGAGAUACCUUGUGGUGUAAAGUCGAAGAUGAGAAAUAGGAGAAGACGACGCAUCGUGUAUACAUAUACAAAAAUUGUAUGACGCAUCGCGUGGUACUGUAAAUACUGUAAGAAAAUCACCGAGGCGGAGAUAACAUUUGUGCAAGACCUACACGGUCUACGAUUUAGAGAGAAAAAGGUUGGAAAAGGUGGGACAAGUAAUGCGUUUUUUUUUAGUUAAUUUGUACCAUACUCGAGACACGAAUUGUUUUGCGAGCGCGUACUACUCUUCCACUGCACGAGAGUGCUCAAGCUCGAGCCAAGUCAUUUUCGUAAUUUUUUUUUUUUUUUUUUUUUACCCACCGUCAUUGUUAUUAUUACCAUCAAUCACUUUUACGAAGCUACUCGUUGUGACCGAUUGUGCAAUUUUGCCGUAUUAAUUACAAUUAAUAAUUGUACGAUAACCAAAGAAUCUAAUAUUUGAACAAAACAAUGAUCAAAGCGAUAUUUUUUGUGCAGAGUUUGUGCUGCGUUUUGAAGAAAAAAAACAAAAAAACAAAAAAAAUCGAUAAAACUUAACAAGAUGUAUAGGAACAAAAUUAUUGUAUGCUAGAAUGUCUAAAAAAACAAUUACAAUUAGUAAGUGUGUGCGUGUGGACAUAAAAAACGGCGACGGCCAAUCGCAGGUCGUCGCUAAUAUUUGAAACAAUUGUCUAUCUAAUGUACGUCUUUCAGCGAUCAAGUCUCGGCAUUGGAAUCCUUCGAACAUUCGAUGCUCUGCUCGCGAUCUUCUUUAAAAAUAAAACUAAUCGGUAGUUUUCCCAUGAAGUAACAUUUUGACGAUUAAAUCUGAAUGGAUUAUUCAACGUAGCGAAAUGAAAAAAAUAGUUGUAGAUUUGAAUGCCGAGUCUUGAUUACCAUUGUCUGAAGCUGCGGUCUCGCUCCGGGCUCAAAGUGUAACGCGGACAGUGACGAGUGUAUAGAUGUAAAAAGUUCAAGAUGUUGAUUAAUUCACUGAUUAAAAGAAAACCUUUUGCACCAGUUCUUGUACGUAAAUCGAUCAUCUUUCGACGAAUUUCAUAUUAACGAUGUCUUCAAAUACUAUAAUGGGUACAUUAAUUGAUUAUUCUACGCGUAAGAGGCUUUGAAGUUUUCGUAUUCCAUUUUUUCUUCGCGUCCAAUUCCACAAAAUCUUUUUCUAAAAAAGUAAACAAACAAACAAACAAAAAAAAAUGAACAAACAAAUAA